ACUGUGGGACCUUAUAUAGACAGGUGUGUGCCUUUCCAAACCAUGUCCAAUCAAUUGAAUUUACCACAGGUAGACUUCAAUCAAGUUGAAGACACAUCUUAAGUAUUAACAUGAUGACAUAAUCGUUUGGUUGAAAUUUCACCCUCAAAACAACGGUUGAUUACUUUUUGCAAAUCCAAUACAUUUUACACAGAUUCCACUUCACAAAUGACGUUGGAACAAAGUUGAUUCAACCAGUUUGUGCCCAGUGGGAUGUGUACUGGCAUUGGACCAAGACAAAUUGGACCAAGACAAAGCAGAAUAAAGUACACCAUGAGCCCAACUUCCAGAAUUCUACAAAUACUGAGGUAAAUACUCAGGUAAGUUGAGACAGAGUACAUUGUAAAGUGGAACAGGCAAAAUAUAUGAUUGUCAGUAUGAUUUCUUUGAAACUGAUACCAUUUUGGCAAUUCGGCAGAUUUUAGACCCGGAACAGAUACUUUAAGUAUUAUGUUGUUGUUUUUUUGCUGUAUGGUGUUCUAAAUUACUUUUGAAGAACUCAGCCACUAGCAUAACUGAUGUAUGCAUAACCAUAACCAUAGUGAUUUAGAUAAGCACAGACACAAAGCAAACAGAAGUUGAAAUAGUAGAACUAAGAUUGUUAGUGCUUUAAUCCCUUUUGUUGAAGAGAUAUUGAUUCAAACUAAGACAAUGGAGGAUGAGAUAGAACUGACAAAUGAAGACAUUUUUUCCAGAAGGUUCCAGUAAACUGAGGAAACACUAACAGGCACGGUUAACACUAACAGGCAUGGUUAACACUAACAGGCAUGGUUAACACUAACAAAAGCUUGGGUUCAUCCAGGAUCUUUGCUUUCUGCUACAAAACCGUCUGACAAUCAGCCCAUUCUUCCACCCACCAUAACACAUCUAUUCUAAUACAUACAUAACACAUCUGACGACAGCCAAUCAGGACCUGACUUGUCUCCCUUUCCCAGGUGCCCCUGCUCCUACUUUUUCCUACUCUGAGUACAAAGUGUUCUUUACUCUCUUCUCAAGCCAACCCUAACUUCAUGAAUCACCCCCUGCACAUGUCUUCAGUAAGGGUCUCACCUCCAGCUCACACUCUGCUUAAAUAAUUCCAACUCCCCUCUUCUAUUAGCCUUAUUCAGCUGCUGUGCUCUCCACCUGAAGUGUGUGUGUAUGUAGGAUUACCUGGGAGUCUGUGUCGACACCAUGGCUCUGGUACAGGUGCUCAGAGUCCUGUGCUGCCUGCUGCUCACUUAUCACAUGGGUGAUGCCAGGAGAAUCAAGGGAAGUGUAACAGUGGACCCAAAGCCUGUCCUGAGAAUGAAGAUGCCUCACAUUACCAGCACAGUCUUCAAGCUCUACUCUGAUGGUGCUAAAGACAUGGAGGACUGGUGCACGGUGGAGGCUUUCAGACCUCAUACUCAGACCUCCUGUGGUUUCAACAGCAGUCCUCCUCUCAUCAUCAUCACCCACGGAUGGUCGAUAAAUGCUCUGAUGGAGAGCUGGGUGCCCGUUCUUGCUUCUGCUCUGAAGACCAGCAAUGUGAUCGUUACUGACUGGCUUUUACAGGCCAAUAUGAACUACCCUAACGCAGCCCAGAACACUAGGGCAGUGGGGAAGGACAUAGCAUUCCUGCUACAGUGGCUGCAGAGAAAGUUGAUUGGAUACAGUCUUGGUGCUCACGUCUCUGGAUUUGCUGGAAGCUACCUGGGAGGACGUGGAAAGAUUGGACGAAUUACUGGUCUGGAUCCAGCAGGUCCCCUGUUUGAGGGCAUGGCAGCAUCAGACAGACUGUCCCCUGAUGAUGCCCUAUUUGUGGAUGCCAUCCACACCUACACUCAAGAACGCAUGGGGCUGAGUGUGGGCAUCAAGCAGCCUGUGGCACAUGUUCACUUCUACCCCAACGGGGGUGACUUCCAACCAGAAUGCCACCCUUUCCAGAGCUUAAUGGAACAUAUCGCCUUGCAUGGAAUCAAUGGUUUUGAGCAGACAGUGAAAUGUGCCCAUGAGCGUUCAGUCUACCUGUUCAUCGACUCCCUUCUGAACAAAGACAAGCAGAUCAUGGCCUACAGAUGCAGUGAUGACAACGCCUUUGAGAAGGGUACCUGCCUGGACUGCCGCAAGAACAAAUGCAACACACUGGGCUAUAACGUCAGGAGGGUGCGCAGUGCCGCCAGCAAGAAGCUCUACCACAAGACCCGCUCUCACAUGCCCUACAAACUCUACCACUACCAGUUCAGGAUUCAAUUUGUCAACCAGAUAGAGAAGACUGAGCCCACUCUCACCAUCUCUCUCACUGGGACAAAGGAGGACAGCCCUGAAAUGCCCAUCACUUUCAUCGAGGAGAUCUCAGGCAAUAAGACAUACACCUUUCUGAUCACCCUGGUGAUGCUGAAGUUCCGCUGGGAGGGGAGUGUUGUAAACAAUAUGUGGAGCAAGAUGCAGACCUUUAACUCCUGGAGCAGUGGGGGAAUGAGGCCCAAGCUCACCGUGGGCAAAAUCCGUGUCAAAGCAGGCGAGACACAAAAUAGGACGACGUUUUGUGCCCAGACAAGUGAUGGAAUAUACAUUCGGUCAUCGCAAGAGAAUGUCUUCGUACGCUGUGAAGAAAAUGCUCAAAAACAGCGCAGAAGAAAAACGCAUUUGUCUUGAGUCGGAUACUUCGAUCAGCAGGGCCGGCUCUAGUUUUUUGGGGCCUCUAAACAAGAUUUGGUUGGGGUCUCCCCUCCUCACCGCAAAACAUUUUAGUGACAGCUGACAGGAAAUGUUAUGUUUUACAGUUAAUUUCCUGCAGUUCUACACAUUGUGCCAUGGGCCAGAAAGAAAAUGUUGCCAUUUUAUAACAAAUGUAAUGCAAUUCUACAAAUUUUGCCAUGGGGCAGAUAUGUAUAUUUUUGCAGUUUCACACCUAAUUUCAUGCAAUUCUACCCAUUUUGCUAUAGGGCAGAGAUACAUUUUUGCUAUUUAAAAAAAUAAUUUCCUACAAUUCUACACAUUUUGCCAUGACUUAUGCCAUGAUAAUAUGAGUGAGAAUGACUAUCAAAAUCAAUGGGGGUCCCCUGAAUGCCCAGUCGGUAUUCGAUUACUACAAGUUUAUAUAGAUUGGUAGUUAGUCUAGCCAGCUAAGAAUUGACAUGGGUAAUUGUCAGCCAAUCAAGUGACUGACAUAAGUUAAAAACUGCUGAUGCACAACCACCUGGUGUAUUCUACUAUUCUUACUCUCAAAAGUAAGUUGAGACACUGACUAAAUAAAACAUUGGUUUGUAAUA